AAAAUAAUUUUCCCUUUUAAAUUUUUCGAUAAAUAUUUCAAAUUUUAAAAUUCUUAAAAGCCCGAUAUCUCAAAAUGGCACAAGAGCCUGCAGCAGAGGUUUCAAAUCGCAUCAUCACCAUGUCCAUUGAUGACUUGCGAAGGGUGGCUUCCGCCCGGAUGGUCGACCUCCUGCUAUCAAAGAAAGAGGAGGAAUUGCAGCUCCGCAGAGACAGGGUGGUGAUGCAGGCGAAACUUGUUCGCCGUUUAACGCGCAUCAAUAAACUGGAUAAGUCCGCAGACGAGGAACAAAUGACUGAUGCGGAGUUCUGCAGACUGGAUGCCCUCAGGAUGGCGGAGAAUUUCCGAUACCAACAGAUGGCAGAGAGGCUUGUCCGUACGGGGGCACAGCUGUUCAUAGUCAAGCGAGAUCUCAAGAACAUGGAACUGGCGAUCUACAACGACUUCAUAGCCAGGCGUUCGGCCAGGACAACUACUGCGGGCACCCAGGAUCAAUCCACUAAUCAAAAUUCUUAGUUAAGCAGCUUCAAAUUCUCAGUUAAAUUGUCAGAUGUUUAUCGUAUUGGAAGCCACUUUUGAAUGUAAACCUAUCAUAACAUCACCAAAAACAGAAUCGACUCGUAUUAUAACAUUAGCAAGGACGAGGGUGCUUUUGUUUUUGAUACGUUUUGUAUGUCAUGAUAGGAUUCGUCAGAUGGAGAUUAGCAAUAUACAACAGCAAGACUACGGAUAUCUAAAAAAUCUUUGCAAUAAAUAGAAAUACUAAUCUCCUGA